UUAUGUAACACCAACAUUGGUUGUACCUUCCAUGCCUCUUAUUAUCAUUACAGCAUUUUUAAAAAUUUGAAGUUCUGAUGGCUUUAUUUGCACCCCUAAUAUUGAUGAUCAAUUAGAACAUGAGAGAACAUGUGAUAUCUCACUAAACAUUUCUACUCAUCAAAAUGGAUUUUAACCCUAAAGCAUUUUAAUACUGAAAUCAUAAGACCAGACCUCCUUCACAGUGAUUUUAUUGACCAAAACAGGAGACAAAAAGAACAUUUGUUCUGGUAUUUCAGGAAUGGAGUCCUCUCAAUACUUUCUGUGUACAGAGCCAUAUGCAAGUCUAGGAAUACCCACUCUUUCCUAAUACCAGAUUGCUUGACAGAGGAGGUAACUACAGACUGGUUCAAAUUCAUUGUCUGGCAAGGUGGGCCCAAUCUGGAUCGUCUUAUGUGGACCAUGCAGGACCAGCCCAGGUCAUAAAUAAUACUGAGAGGAAGAGAACACUGAACCUGGAGAAAACAGGCGAGGCAGAGUGAAACAAAGGCAGGCUUACGACUGAUCAUGCAACAAAGGAUUCGUCCAUAAAAGCAAUGUCUGUGUUACUGAUGUUGGUUUUGGUGUGCUCACCCAUGGCCUCUUCUACACAGUUGUCAUCAACAGACUCAUGUGGACCAGAGAUCGCAGUUCUAAAGCGCAGCAUAAGAAAACUGGAGAACAAAAUCUUGCUCGGGUCUUGGCAGAUUGAACACCUGCAGAGGCACAAAUACUUCCGGCCUAUACAACCUGCUGUGUCUGAUACUAAACUGGACCCUGUGACUGACCAUGGUGGAAACCGCAGCAGCAGUGGGACAUUAGACAGCUCUGAUACGACACUCAUUGGAUUUCUUCCACCAGCUGGCAACUUAAUUGUCCAUGACAAAGACUGCUCUGAGCUCUUUGACAGGCUGAAACCAGCAAGCGGUUUCUACCGUAUCAGACCCAAAUCACACCAGGAGCCUUUUUUGGUUUACUGUGAUAUGGAUGAUGGAGGAGGAUGGACGGUGUUUCAGAGGCGACGGCAUGGGAAAGUGGACUUCAACAGAGACUGGGUGGACUACAAGGAUGGCUUCGGUGACUUUACUUUGUGGAAUGAUGAGUUUUGGUUGGGAAACAAGCACAUUCAUUCUCUACUCUCAGAAGGUAAGAACUUGGUGAAGAUAGAUCUAAUGGACUGGGAUGGAAAAAGAAGUCAUGCAUUUUACGAGAAUUUCAGGAUCACUGAUGAGGCCGAUAAGUAUCGUCUCCAGUAUGAGAUGUAUAGUGGGCAAGCUGGAGAUGCUCUGACUGGUGGUGGGGGGAUGGUGGAACACUGGUCUACUUGUCUCAGUGGUAUGCAGUUCAGCACCAGAGAUCAGGACAAUGACCGCUACCUUCAGGGCAGCUGUGCUCAGGAGAACAAAGCAGGAUGGUGGUUCAACAGGUGUCACGCAGCCAACCUCAAUGGAAAAUACUACCGCAAAGGAAAGUACAAGGGCCAGAAUGACAACGGUGUGGUGUGGGGGACCUGGAGAGGCCUCUGGUACUCACUCAGACACACCACCAUGAAGGUGCGACCCGUGGUUUUCUUGGACGCUGAAGGCAGUGGAGGUGGAGGUGGCAUGUAAAACAACAGGCUUCAGGCUCCUUUGUGAAAGAGGGCAAUGAAUGUCACGUUUAUAUUCUUUGUAUUUUAAUUUCUAUCAUAUCAUCUAUAUGAUUUUUAACUGACAAAAUGUGCAGAUAGAACUAUUAUCCCCAGCUUUCCAGUAAGAAUUUCAUUCUUUACAUGUAUGACAUUACUCAAACAAAUAAACAAACAGCAUCCAACAGUGA